AGUAGGAAAAUCUAACACCUUUCCUCUCCUGUUACAGAAAAGGAAAAUUAAAAAAAAAAAAACAAAAACGCCUUUACAAUGGCUCUCACCAACUCCUCCCUCAUUCCCACCAAAUCUCUCCUUCAAACCUACCCACAAUCCUUUCUCACCAACCGCAAGUCGCCGUCCGUCCUCCGUGUCUCCGCCGUCCACUCCGCCGACACCCCCAAGAACCCGAUUUCAGCAGAUAAGUCGCCGAAGCAGCAACCAGCGCCUCCGCUCGCGACUAAAUCUGCUGCCGUUACUGCUCCGUCGCAAAAUGUGGCGCCUGGGAAAUGGACACUUGAUGGCUGGAAGUCUAAGACGGCAUUGCAGCUCCCGGAGUACCCGGAUCAGGCUGACCUCGAGUCGGUGCUGAAGACUCUCGAGGCUUUCCCUCCGAUUGUGUUCGCUGGAGAAGCCCGGAGCCUCGAGGAGCGCCUGGCUGAGGCUGCUGUGGGGAAAGCGUUUCUUUUGCAAGGCGGGGAUUGUGCGGAGAGCUUCAAGGAAUUCAACGCCAAUAACAUUCGGGAUACCUUCCGGAUCGUCCUUCAGAUGGGUGCCGUCUUGAUGUUCGGCGGUCAAAUGCCUGUCGUCAAGGUGGGGAGGAUGGCUGGGCAGUUUGCGAAGCCAAGGUCGGAGCCUUUCGAGGAGAAGAACGGCGUGAAGCUACCGAGUUACAGGGGGGACAAUAUUAAUGGAGACUCUUUUGAUGAGAAGUCAAGGAUUCCUGAUCCUCAGAGGAUGAUCAGAGCUUACUGUCAAUCUGCUGCAACUUUGAAUCUGUUGCGGGCUUUUGCUACUGGAGGUUAUGCUGCUAUGCAGAGGGUAACGCAGUGGAAUUUGGAUUUCACUGAGCAUAGCGAGCAGGGAGACAGGUACCGGGAAUUAGCUCAUAGGGUUGAUGAGGCCCUUGGAUUCAUGGCCGCAGCUGGUCUUACCGUUGACCAUCCUAUCAUGACAACGACAGAGUUCUGGACAUCACAUGAAUGUUUGCUCUUGCCCUAUGAGCAGUCACUUACCAGGCUAGAUUCAACUUCUGGACUCUACUAUGACUGUUCUGCACAUUUUCUCUGGGUUGGAGAACGUACCAGGCAGCUGGAUGGUGCUCAUGUUGAGUUUCUGAGAGGAGUUGCAAAUCCUCUUGGCAUUAAGGUUAGUGACAAGAUGGAUCCAAAUCAGCUUGUUAAGCUCAUCGAAAUUUUAAAUCCUCAGAAUAAACCAGGGAGGAUUACAGUGAUUGCAAGAAUGGGUGCUGAGAACAUGAGAGUGAAACUUCCCCAUCUAAUAAGGGCAGUCCGUCGUGCAGGGCAAAUUGUCACAUGGGUUAGUGAUCCUAUGCAUGGAAACACUAUCAAGGCUCCUUGCGGUCUCAAAACUCGUCCCUUUGAUGCCAUAAGGGCGGAAGUGAGAGCGUUCUUUGAUGUUCAUGAGCAAGAAGGAAGUCACCCAGGAGGAGUUCAUCUUGAGAUGACUGGUCAAAAUGUGACAGAGUGCAUUGGUGGGUCUCGAACUGUGACAUUUGAUGACUUGAGUUCGCGUUACCACACUCACUGUGACCCAAGGCUAAACGCCUCACAGUCUCUCGAGCUUGCCUUCAUCAUAGCCGAGCGCCUCCGGAAGAGGAGGAUCAAUUCACAGCAACCUUUAGCCCCCUCUUUAGGGCUGUAGAGUGGCUCCAAGGACCUACCUAUAUGUUCUUUUUUUUUUUUUUUUAUUGGAAGAAAAGGAAGAUCUACAUGUUGUUUCUGGCUGUAUUUGUAAUUUCGUUCGUUUUCAAAGUUAUAUUGUUUAUGCGAUGUAGCUUGUGUAUACAGGAACAAACUGAUGGUUUGAAACUAAAUAAUGAGAGGAAUAAAUGGUAAGUUUCUAUGACAGC